CUUCAACAUUCCAAGCAUCAAGAUGGAGAGCCCUCACGAACACCAGCAGACCCUGAUUCUUUCUCGAAUCAUCAACAACAUUGAGAAACUCAAUGAGUCGGUGAUGGUCAUGAACAAGAGCCUCCAGGAGGUGAACAUCCAGAACAUGAACGUGGAAUUGGUCGCGCAGAUGUUCAAGAACUACCAGUCGAAUGUCUUGUUCCAUUUGGAAGCCACGGAGAAUCUGAAGGAGCCGUCAUAGUGCCCAAUCUCGCAUUGUAUAUUUUUUGAGAUGAUUUGUUACGAAGCAUGACGGAUGCUAAUUGGGAUUCAAUGAAUAGGAAUUGGCAUAUACAUUCCUAUCUUCCUCAGUAAAGUACUUUUAUAUCCUCUUAAGAUGUAGCGAUAUCUCUGAUUGUAGUCUUGGCGGCAUCAAACGAUCUCCGGAUCUCUUCUGCGG